GACUGACUCAUUCCCUUUUCAUUGUCUCCUUUGUCCCCGCCCCUCCUGACGCCCCCUCCCUACUGUGGAGGGGGCAAAGGUAUCCUAUCCAGCAUGCAUCCGUAAGUUGCAAUCGUCGUCAACCAAAACCCACGCAGCCCGUUGUGACCAGAACACACAGCCAGAAACGCACCCAUUGCCGCUAGCCCUCCUGAUAAACCGCAGACACAGAGCAACAACAAACACGACGACACACACAGCGAAGCAGCCUGCCCACCGGCCCUCAGACAGACAGACAGACAGACACAGGAUGACAAAAGAAAAGGCGACAAACCGCAUCGUGGACGGCUAUAUGUAGGGGAUGGCUGUAUAUGCAGUAGGGGGAUGGGGGUGCCCAGCAUAUAGUAGAUAUCACGGCACAAAUCCAGCACACACACAAUAUGUACAGUGUCGGCCUGGGGCCUGGUGAGGGUGGAUGGAUGGAUCGAUGGAUGCAGAGGAGGCCUCGGGGGGGAUGAAUGGCCAUACGUACGGAUGCAUCAGCAGUCAGUGGUGCGGGUGGAUGGGCGCAGAGGAAGUGGCCGGCCCCCCAGACACACACAACGAACACGACAGUCAGCCAGGCAGACAGACAGACAGACAGAGACCAGCGAUAACAAACAUACGGCCAAACAGCCGAACAAUGCGACAUGCGAUGCAGCCACACACAGACACACACCGUGCGAUGGGCUUCUCUAGAUCAGAACUACACAUAAAGACACACACCCAUCGAAGACACACAGACACACACCCCAAUGACACACAGUCAGACACACACAGUCAAUAACUCACACACACACAGUGACACACAAAGGUGAAAUGGGCUUCUCUAGUCAGAACAGACCCCUUCCCCUGCACCCACCCACACACCACUGACAGCUGCACUGGAUAGUCCAUCCAUCCAUCCAUCGACCUCUCCCCUCAUGACGGCCACUGUGUGUGUGGGUAUAUAUGGCUCUAAAAAACAGCAGCAGCACAGGCAUAAAUCGACAAAGACAACCAGACACAACCAGACCACUCAUAAACGGCACAAACAGACGCCCCUACACCACAAACAAAACCCACACCCACCACAUCCAUCACGACACCAUCACACAACACAUCAUAAACGACACACACACAGCACAAACUCGAUAAAUCGGAAAAGAAAACGCUACUCCUGAUGUCCUGGUAUCCUGAUAUCCUGACUCCUGACUCCUGAUACCCCUCCCCGCCCCCUGCACCCAUGUGUGUGUGUGGGUGCCUCAGGCGGCCCAGUAUGCCGCGAAGCGGCACCAGCCCGCCGCCACCAGCUGCUUGUAGGCCGCCAUCUUCUUGGCGUGCUCACGCGCCGGCAGCGGCAGCUGGGGCGGGCGCACCACCACCACCACGGGGGGCAUGACGGCUGGCGGGGCGGGGGCGGGCGGCAUGGCGGCGACGGGCUGGGGCAGCAGGACGGCGGGGUGGACGGGGUGCGCAGGCACAUAGACGACCUGCCGCACACACCAAGGGCAGCACACGCAGUCAACGGUUUGUGUCGUUUGGUUUGCUUGUGGUCUUCCUCUCUCACCUGCGGCACCACAGCCACCACCCCGGCCACCACCGCCUCCUAAAGGUAAGGAACCAGCGAAAAAUACCCGCUCAGUUCAUCAGCCGAAGACAGGGCGUGUGGGUGGCGUGCACCUGCCCACCUGAAUUUGAGCCGCUCCCUCGAUGAUAUCCUGCCACAAAAAGCGGCCCCCUCCCUCUCUCUGCAUCAACACACACAUACACACACACGGUGCAUCAGCGUGGGGUUCUCUGCCUGUGUUGCCACUCAGUCACCUGCUGCUGAGGCCGCAUGAGCAGGGCCGGCGACGAUUUGGUGCGGCGGAGGGCCACGACACGGCCGCCCCCGACGCGGCGCCGCCGCCUCGGCUUCCUGGCGCAUAGCAGCCUGCACCGCACGUACCCGACAGACCCGAUGGAAUUGCUGUGGUGUCUGUCUGUCUGUCUGUCUGUCGCCAUGCGUGUUCCUCACCAUACGAGGACGAUCGUGCGGGAAGGGGACGGCAUUAUGCAGCUGUCCCGGCCCUCGGCCACGGUGUCUCGCUCUGCCGUCAGGUCGUCCAUCAGGUCGACCUCGAUGACCGGCUGCGGGGUGGCCGAUACGUGAGCACUGCACACACACACACACAGAAUCCAAUCAAACCACCACCUCGUCCCGCAAUCCAUCAUCGCCUUCCUCACUCGUCGAUCCCUCUGCUGACGAGCUGGCGGCACCGCAGCGACACCGUGAGCCCCUGCCGCCGGGCGCACUCCCGCAGCCUUCUGCGAAGGGUCACCUGUCUGUCGUGGGCACCCUCAUAGACGGCUGGGCCCACCGGCGUGUCAGGCUGGUGGUCGUACAGACUGGUGGUCGCCGGCUUGUCGGGGGUCGGCAGGAAGGUGCUGUUGGCCUUGUCGUACAGACUGGUGGUCGCCGGCUUGUCGGGGGUCGGCAGGAAGGUGCUGUUGACCUUGUCGUACAGACUGGUGGUCGCCGGCUUGUCGGGGGUUGGCAGGAGGGUGCUGUUGGCCUUGUCGUACAGACUGGUGGUCGCCGGCUUGUCAGGGGUCGGCAGGAAGGUGCUGUUGGCUUUUUUGUACAGACUGGUGGUCGCCGCAGCCAAUGGCUCGGGCUGGGGGCACGAGAUGGGGACACACUCCUCCUUCUCGUCAUACUCGAAUAUGCCCUCCUUGGUGCAGACCGCCGUGAUGGGGUGGUCACUGCGGUAGCCCUGGACGCACUCAUAAGCCACCUGCAUCCCGACCGUGUAGCUGAAGGCGCUGCUGGGAGGCAGCCCGCCUUCAUCAGGCACAGGCACCCAUUCGCCGGUCACAGUCGAGUUGAGAAGAGAGGCCUUAGUGUUAAGCAGUACGGGAGGCGCCUCACAGGUCACCGGCACACACUCGGGCGGCUUAUCACUCCACUUGUCCUCGCCCAUGCAGCGGAUCUCCGCCACGCCUUUCAGCAGGUAGCCCUCCUCGCAUCUGUAGGCGAGCACCGAUCCUGGCGCGUCCUUGUCGCCCUGCAGAGCCAUCCCGUUGUAGUGGGCAUGGGGCGGCAGGGGGGGCUCGAAGCAUCCCGGCUGCGGUGAUGCCGCGUCAUCCCCUUUCCCUUCUGCAGCACACACAACACACACACGUGUGUUAUGGUUGCCGUCCACCUGAUCUCUCCUCUUUUGUGAGUGCAUGAUCAUCUCACCCCCCCAGACGGAUAACAGGUCGUAAUGAGCAGCAUGGUAAGUGCUGAAUGCAGAUGCAAACAAGAAGACCAUACCAACAACAAGAUCAAAGACGCACAGAUGCACCCCAUCCAUGGUUGCGGCUCGUGCGUGCGCGUCUUCGGAAUCCUUUACCCGAACAUCACGAUGAAAGCGCGGAGCGCCGCAAUAAAGACGGCACUCCUUUCCACAUCCAUCUUGGUAUCAAGCGGUGGUGAUUGAUGUGUAACGAUGCGCCGGGGGCCACACACGCGUUGGUCCACGGCACGAGGGUCUUGGUAUGAUAACGAGGAGCGGCGCACACUUUCUUU